AUGCAGAUGUUCGGAGGCGAAGGCGGCAUCGCCGAGGCGGCGUGGAAGCGCCAGAAGACGGCCACAGAGGUGAUCGACCGCAAGUACGGAUGGGACUUACGCAAGCAGAAGGACCUCGACGCGACGUACGACCUGUACUACGCCUCAAGGCCGAAGUUCGUGUCAAUCGAGCUACCCUGCACCCACUACGCGAACAUCGCGCACCUCAGCUUUCGGACGCCGCAGGCCAGGCAGGCGCUCCGACGGAUCUGGAGGACGGAGCGGCCGUUCCUUUUAUUGGCCCGCGACCCCUUCAAGUACCAGCUCGACUCUGGCGACAUGGCCAUGAUCGAGAACCCGGCCACCAGCCGGCUCUGGACACAACGCGCGAUUUCGGAGCUACUGGCAGACGAGCGCGUGUACCAGGUGAGGUGCGACAUGUGCGAGUACGGAGCUCGACACUGCAAGACGGGGGGGCUCAUCAAGCACCCCGCGAAGCUGCUCGUUACCCACAGGGAGUUCGAGCAGCUGAAGCGCACCUGCAGCCACAAGCACCACGACCAGACCUUUGGGGACAACGUGGCGGUGCGCAAGUCUGGCGUUUAUCCUGCUAAGUUCUGCAGAGCGGUGGUGCGCAUUGUGGUGCAGGUGAUUCGCCAGCAAGGAGGGCGUCGCGCCUACCAGGUGGACUGCCAGUCGCACUCGUCGCCCUUCAUCGUGACAGCGCCCAGGGAGCAGGCCACCGCCUACGUGAACGACACCGCGCCCCUGGGAGAGACGGGCGAGCCUGAUGGGGGCCCAGACCCCAUGGGCGGCGGAGACGACUUCGCCGACACUCACGACGUGCGGGCCGAAGAUACUGUGGACGGCAGGAUCGGGGUCGGCGCGAUUACUUUCACAAAGAAAGCAGCGGCCUGCUGCAUGCCAGCCGAGCUGGCCAUGCUCAAGAGACUCCAUGUCAACUUGGGCCAUCCGACUAAUGAAGAUUUGGGCCGCAGUUUGCGACUCAAAGGCGCUAAGUCGGCCACCGUCCAGGCCGUCAAGGGGCUGAUCUGCGGGGUGUGCCGCUCGCAGCAGCGCCCGAGCGCGAGGAGACCAGCGCACCUCCACUUCGUGCAAGAUUUUGGAGACGACGUCGGCUUCGACUGCUUCGAGCUCAAGGACGUCGACGGCAAGAGCUACUGGUACUUCAGCAUCGUCGACCUGGCCACCACCUUCCAUGUCGCGACGCUGAUCGAUUGCCACACCAGCCAGGAGUUCGCUGCCGCGUUCGAGAGGUGCUGGGCCUCCUGGGCGGGAGUACCCGACCGAGUUCACUUCGACAUGGAGAAGGGGUUCGGCGGCGCCCUCAGCGAGCUGUUCCAGUCAUUCAACACGGUGCAGCUGCCCAUCGCUGGUCAGGCACAUCGGCAGCUCGGUCGCGUGGAACGCCAGGGAGCUUGGUGGAAGGAGCUCGCGGCGAGGACGAUCGAGCACUCGUCGAUCAGGGGCGAGGACGAGAUGCGGACGCUGGCCAUCAUGGUCUCGGGCGCGAAGAACUCGCUGAGAAGGCGAGCAGGCUUCAGCCCCGCGCAGUGGGUGCUGGGACGCGACCCCAAGAUGCCUGGAGACGUAGUCGACGACACGGCCAACUACAGCGCCCACAGCCUGGCGGCCAACGGCGAGAAUAUUCGCCGCCGAUAUGCCAUUCGGACGGCGGCGCGCGAGUCGUUCAUGAGGAUGCAGAACGACGACCAGCUCCGGCGAGCUAUGCUGGCUCGCGCGCGCACGGUGGCGACGCCCUUGUCAGUGGGCGAGAUGUGCUACGUCUUUCGCCAGGUCAAGAAGAAGGAGCAGCGGGAGCAGCACAACCGCAACGCCAAGAAGGGCAUCUGGCGAGGGCCGUGCGUAGUCAUCGGCCACCAAGGCGAGAACACCUGGGUCUCGCUAGGAGGGCACGCCAUGCUGGUGGCCCCGGAGCACAUCAAGGCACUCGCUCCGGACGACGUCUGGUUCCCGAACGGCAGGGGCGAGAUCGGUCAGGCCGCGGCCGAGCUCAACCGGGCUCGCGACUCGCUCGAACGGGAAGAGGCUCAGGUGGAGGACAUCCGCCCGGCGCCUGGCGAGCCCGAGGUCAAGCCAGACGAGAUGGAGCAGGCGUGGCGGGAAUUCAUCGACAACCCGGACGACGGCGACCUCAGGCUGAACGUCUCCGAGGAUCCGCCCAAGCAGGAGCAGAUCCAGGUGCUGCCCGCCGACGUGCCGCAACAAGCUGGAGAAGAGCGAACCUACGGCCCUGACGAGUUCCGACGACGUCGAGCUACCUUCGACGGAGGGGACAGCGGCGACUUCGGCCCGGCCUUCAAGCGACUCCAGACCGAGAGGUGGCUUGCAGGCUCUGGCGCCCUGCCCGCAAGGGCAACUUCGCGGGACCGCGCGGCGGCGCCCGAUCAGGAGGCAGCGGCCGGACCCGAAGCAGGAGGAGCCCGCCAACGUUCGAGGUCGGCUCCAAGACAAGUGUUGCAAACCUCCAUCGUGACCGAGAGGAUCAAGCGCAAGCAGGCCGACAAGGAGAUCCACUGGAGGGCCACCAAGGACUCUGAUCGGGAGCUCUUCAGGGAGGCGGCCGCCAAGCAGUGGAGCGAGUGGCAGAAGUAUGGCUCUUGUCAGGUACUUUCCAUCGAGGAGUCCGAGGCGAUCAGGGGCAUGAUCAAGCCCAGCCUCAUCCUGCCCAGCCGGUUCGUGUACCGGGACAAGAACGCCCCGCUGCGGACCGACAAGCAUCCGCUGCCGGUCAAGGCAGAUGCCCGACUCUGCGUCGGGGGUCACAUGGGCCCGCGCCUCGCUCAGGGCGACCUGCGGACGGACGCGCCCACGCUCAAGAGGACAUUGCUGGCGGUGGAGGAGAAGCUGAGCGACAACUACGUGUUUCGCCUACACCAGCACUCGCUAGACCCAGCGCUGUACUACGGCUACGACCAGCACGGGGAGCUCUGUGCGGUGGUGGUCGCUCACGUGGACGACUUGCUGCUGGGGAUCUCGCGCAAGUACCCGGGCUUCUACGACAGGCUUCACAAGCUUUUGCCCUGGGGCGACUGGCGAGGCUUGCCUUUUACCUUUUGCGGCAAGCAGGCCUGGCGAGAUCAAGAAGAAGUACUAUAUCUACGACAGAUCGAGUACGCGAACACCAUCGAGGAGAUUCCGCUCAGCAAGGAGCGCAAGACGGACCUGUCGUCAGAUGCGACGCCAGCCGAGUUCUCGGACAACCGCUCCGCACUCGGAGCGCUCGGGUGGCUUUCAUCGCAGACUCGCCCCGACCUGGCAGCUGGAGUGUCCAUGGGGCAGCGGACCCAGAACAAGCCCACCAUCCAGGACUUGUUCGAGACGAACAGGCUCAUCAAGCUGGCGCGGAAGCACGCGGACGCGGGUUUGGAGUUCCCUAAGUUACGUGGACCUCUGUGCCUGGUGACGUACCACGACGCCAGUUGGGCCAACGCUGACGAGCCAGCUGAGGGCGCCAUCUCCAAGUUGCUCGCCAAGACCGUGGGGGCAACCAGUAAGGACAAGAAGAUCAAGAUUCGCUCGCAGGCUGGCUACGUGAGUUUUCUCGCAGAAGCCAAGCUACUACGCGGAGAUCGAGCUCGAGCAGGAAUCGUUGAUUGGAGAUCGGGCACCAUCAAGAGAGUUUGCAGAUCUACGUUGGCAGCCGAAACGAUGUCGGCAGUAGACGCUCUAGGCUGUGCUCAGAUUACACGCUGUGUUUUCGCUUCGCUAGAGAUUCCGGAUGCCCAUCCAGAGGACAUCCCGCCGAGUCUGUUGCCGCUCGCUCGGGUCACAGAUUGCGCCAGCUUGUGCGAUACGAUGCAUAAAGAGGGCCAUUCCAAGCUCCCGUCAGAGCGGCGCCUUUUGCUCGACCUAGUGGGCCUCAAGGAGUCACUAGAAGAGGAAGUUAGCAACGAGUUUGUCGCUCACGAUCAGCGCAGCCAACUAGCCCUCUUUUGGGUUCCGACUGACCGGCAGCUCGGUGAUCAGUUCACCAAGCGAUCGGACGGCAGUGCCAUCAGGGCAGUGCUGCGAGACACACGUCUCGCUUUUCAGCAUCAAGAGCCGACGGACCAGGCCAGAGAGCACGAGGCACACCUGACCAGUGCCGGCUCACUUUUCAAGCGCGCA